GUGUCUACCAUUUGAGAUGAGAAACAUAAAACGACUGGAUGAUCCAAAAACAAAAACAGCCUUCCAAACAGGGCGCCCAAUCCUUCUGCUUAAUUCAUCUUCAAUCAACACCAGUCAUCGUAGAUUCCAUAUCCUCACACUGCCAGUGCCAUGUGCCAUGCCAAUCCAAUCUUCCCCUGAAAACAUCCAUAUCUGAAUCCCAACCCAAACCCCAAAAAACCCAUCCUUUUUCCUCCGAAAUGGAGGGAAGUAUCCUCCCCAAUCGCCCACUCCAUCCCGCUGCCAUGAACAGACCAGCAUGCCCAAACCCAACUCUGAAAUUUAGCCCCACCACACUUCCACUGCCUCCUCAAUCCCAAACUCCACCCUCAUUUCCCCUGGAUUCUCUCCUACAACACCUCCUCAACCUCUCUGCCACACCAAACGCUCCCCGCUGGUCCAAACCAACCUCAAAGCAAUAAUACCCAGAUGACUUCUCGGCAUAUUUCUGUUGAUUCUAGUCAAAAUCUUAAUCGACAAGCACAUCCCAGGAAACCCAAUUCGGUUUCAAUCUUGCAGUUGAACGGCAGUAAGGAGGAGGGUCAGUUGGGAGAUGGGUCAUUUGAAUAUUUGUCGAGAAAGGGUAAGUUUAUGCUGGAUUCAAUCGUGGAACAGCCAUUGCAUAGCUUGAAUGAUUUCUUCGAUUCUAACAAGUUUAUGCUGCUUGAAGCUGAUAUAUUUAGUUUAUUGAAAGCAUUAGCUCAUUCGGGCAAUUGGGAAAGAGCCCUUUUAUUCUUUGAAUGGGUAGUGUUGAAUUUAAAGUCUUAUAAUGUCAAAAUAGACAAUCAGGUUGUUGAGCUAAUGGUUAGAAUUCUUGGGAGAGAAUCACAGCAUUUGAUCGCAUCCAAGCUGCUCGAUGUAAUUUCGCUUGAGGAUUAUUCUCUUGAUGUUCGAGCAAAUAUGACCAUUCUUCAUCUGUAUUCUCGUACUAGCAAGUACAAAAGAGCAAUCUCUGUGUUUGAGAGAAUGGAGGAGACAGGGCUGUUUCCUACUUUAGUCACUUAUAAUGUCAUGCUUGAUGUUUAUGGGAAGAUGGGUUGCUCUUGGGAUAAAAUUUUAGGCCUACUGGAUGAAAUGAGGAGCAAUGGACUCAAAUUUGAUGAAUUUACUUGCAGUACUGUGACAUCUGCUUGUGAGAGAGAGGGUCUGCUAAAUGAAGCAAAGGAGUUCUUUGCAAAAUUGAAGUCCCAAGGCUAUGUACCUGGGACGAUUACCUAUAAUGCAAUGCUCCAAGUUUUUGGUAAGGCAGGGAUUUAUUCAGAGGCCUUGAGCAUUUUGAAAGAGAUGGAGGGAGCAGCCCUGAUUGGGACAAUGAUGCACAAAGGAGUGAUGCCGAAUGCUGUUACGUAUACAACUGUGAUCAAUGCCCAUGGGAAAGCAAGAGAGGAGGAUCAGGCUUUGAAAUUGUUUGACAAGAUGGAAGAGUCAGGAUGUGUCCCUAACGUGUGCACUUACAAUGCUAUGCUUGGGAUGUUAGGGAAAAAGUCACGAUCAGAGGAGAUGAUAAAGAUACUUUGUGACAUGAAAUCAAGUGGAUUUCCCCUAACCGCAUUACAUGGAACACAUUGCUUGCCAUGUGUGCCUGAUAGAGACACAUUUAACACUUUGAUUGGUGCUUAUGGUCGCUGUGGGUCAGAGAUUAAUGCUACAAAAAUGUAUGAGGAGAUGAUUGAAGUAGGUUUCGUGCCAUGUUCCACAACUUACGAUGCGCUUCUAAAUGCUUUGGUUAGACGUGGUGACUGGAAAGCAGCAGAAUCUAUUAUUCUAGACAUGAAAAAUAAAGGUUUCAGACCUAAUGAAACCCCACACUCUUUGAUGCUUCAGUGUUUUGCAAAGGGAGGAAAUGCAAAAGGGAUAGAGAAGAUUGAGAAAAAAAUAUAUGGUGGCCGUAUCUUUCCGAGCUGGGUACUUUUAAGAACCCUUGUUCGUGCAAAAUUCAAAUGUGGAGCACUGGUGGGUAUGGAGAGGGCAUUUCAGGAAUUGCUUAGGAGGGGUUAUAAACCUGUAUGUGAAGAUAUAAAGCAAGUUUCACAAUCACUGCUUGAACAGCUAGGAUGCGAAUUAAUGCAACAAGCCAUAUGUCAAUGAUGAUUCUUCCUUCUGCACAUAUCCAGAGGAUGUGCGAACCUCUAUCUUUUUGUAUAAUUUAAACAACUUGGCCUGGGAUGAAGAAUGUAAGCUUGGCUGACAAUACCAGACAAAAAGUAGAUGCGGAAAGUGCAAGAAAAAAAGAUUCUUAAG